AUGGCGUGGCUCGUGGCUCGUGGGAAUCCAGGAGUAGUUGGGGCAGGAGUUGUGGCGCGAGAUCAUGAAGCUAGUGUACUUGGCGCUAUGAGUGUGGGUUUGGGUGUAAUGAAAAAUUACAUUGCAGAGAUUUCUGGUAUUAUUAUCGGUAUGGAAUGGGCGCUUCAAUGGGGAUACACGAAGGUUUGUAUUUGUUCUGAUUCAUUGAGUGCAGUUCAGGAUUUUACUACUUCUAAUCUUCCUUGGUUUGUUCGUCAACGUUGGAGGGAAGUUUCUUCUAAUUAUGAGGUUAUUCGUUUUGAUCACACAUGUAGAGAGGCUAAUUAUUCUGCUGAUAAGAUGGCAAAAAGAGGGUGUAUUCUUCCGAAUGAGGAGGGAAGACAUUAUCUUGGAAGACCUGAUUUUUUAAACUCUAUUGAAUUACCAAAUGUAUCUUAUUUUCGUUUCAAAUGA